AUGAGUGCAGUCUGCUCGAGUCAGGUUGUGGACCUGGAUGUUCCGGACUCAGGUCACCCGUUGCCCCAACGGCGACCAAUUGAGCACCUAACCAGCUUACACACGGAUGUCCUGCGCUUCGUGCUGCGUCCAGAUUCACUCGAGAGCACCAUGAGUAAGGCUACUGAAGCAAUGGAUAAGAUAGCGCGCACAUGCUUGUGCGCCUUGGGGCGUGCUGCCAACUUCCACAUCAACACUUUCCUGCCCCUCCUGGAUGACAUGCCGGUGGCUAAGCUGGCAGCAUCACCGCUGGAUGUGGUCAGAUUCAAGGCUUCUGCAGGGCAGAGAAGCGAAGCCCAGAAAGACCAGGGCCUGCUGACGCUCAUCUUCAGCCCUCAAUGCCGAGCUCUGCAGGUGCAGUCUUCUCAGGGCACAUGGCAGAGCUGUGUCCUGCAAGCACGGCACAUUCUCAUCCUUGCAGGCCAAACCCUUGAGCAUGCCAGCAGCGGAGCGUAUACUGCUGGCGUGCGCAAGGUUGACGGUGCAUCCCUCGGGAAUGAAAACCUGCUGGUGAGCUGA